AUGGCAGCCAGCAAAUGGCCAACCUCCUUUAAAAGAUUAAGAUGGUUACUUCUGAGUUUGAAGGCAAAACUGGACACCCUUCGAUUAACUUUCAAGCCCCAGAAUAAAUUAAAUAUCCUGGCAGAAGAAAGGGUGGUGCACAUCCCAAAUACCUUCCCAAAGACUUUAGUCAGACAAACAGAUCUUGGUGAUGAUAUGAUGAUAUCAUGUAAUGUCUGUUUCUCUACCAUUAUUUUCUAUGAUUUAGUUCUUAUGUUUUUAGUGUUAUUGGCUAGAGUCUCAGUAUUUGUCUUAGCUGGCCUUAAGGGAAUAGUUAAGUUAAGAGCUAGAACAAGAGAUGGAAAGCCUGCAGCUACACAAAAAAUAAAAAACAGCAAAAUACAAAACAAAAGCAAAAAAGAGUCUCUCGAUCUAGUCAAUGCUACAAAAGAAAUAGGAUUUAAAAGACCUGCUAUAGCUCAAGAAGAUUACCAAUAUGACUAUUGCACCUCUGUUGGCAAGAGGGUGGUGUGGUUUUGGGCCCUUACCCAUUUGAUCUAUAAAGAUCAAGAAAAGUUCCCUCUUGUGAAAAUGUAUAUGCUUGCUACCCUUCCAAAAUACAGUCACAUUUACGCCAGCACGUUUCGAACCAAUGGUAAGCAAUUAGAAGACAUUAUAGAGCAUGGUUCUGAUCUCUGCAUCACGAACUCCAACUCCAACACCAACUUCAUCUCAGCGUGUUUAGAUGUCAGUAUGUGA